GCGCCACGUGACGGCGGGCGGGCAUCGCCAUGUCGGCGCUGGGGGCGAUGGAGCCGGGCCCGGGCUCGGGCCCGGGCUCGGGGGGGUCCCUGUUCCGGCCCCUCAGCGCCGACGACGGCGAGCAGCAGCCGGCGGAGAUCGAGUCCCUCUGCAUGAACUGCUUCCGCAACGGAGUGACGCGGCUCCUGCUCACCAGGAUCCCCUUCUUCAAAGAGAUCAUCGUCAGCUCCUUCUCCUGCGACAGCUGCUCCUGGUCCAACACGGAGAUCCAGUCAGCGGGCAGGAUCCAGGAGCAGGGCGUGUGUUACACCCUGGCUGUCACCUCGCGCCAGGACAUGAACAGGGAGGUGGUGAAGACUGACUGUGCCAUGGCUCGAAUUCCAGAGCUGGACUUUGAGAUCCCUGCCUUCUCCCAGAAGGGAGUCCUCACCACCAUCGAGGGGAUCAUUGACAGAGCUGUGGCAGGCCUGGAGCAGGACCAGCCCGUGCGCAGGGCGACAGACGAAGAGGUGGCCAGGAAAAUAGACGAGUUCAUUGGAAAACUGAGGCAGCUGAAAGAAAUGAAUUCCCCCUUCACCUUUAUCAUCGACGAUCCCUCAGGGAACAGCUUUGUGGAGAACCCCCACGCGCCGCGGCGGGACGACGCCCUCGUGGUCACCCACUACAGGAGGACCCCCCAGCAGGCUGCUCUGCUGGGACUGGAGGGGGAGGAGGUGGAUGCGAAGCCGCCUGACGCUGCAGAGGAUCUGAGGGACGAGGUCCUGCAGUUCAACACCAACUGCCCUGAGUGCAACGCCCCGGCCAACACCAACAUGAAGGUGGUGCAAAUCCCACACUUCAAGGAAGUGAUUAUCAUGGCCACAAACUGCGACUCCUGUGGGCACAGGACAAAUGAGGUGAAGUCUGGAGGAGCGAUUGAACCACAAGGCACCAGGAUUACCCUCCGGAUUACAGACCCUUCUGACAUGACAAGGGACAUCCUGAAGUCUGAGACAUGCAGUGUGGAGAUCCCAGAGCUGGAGUUUGAGCUGGGGAUGGGAGCGCUGGGGGGCAAGUUCACCACGCUGGAGGGGCUGCUGAAGGACAUCCGUGACCUGGUGGAGAGGAACCCCUUCACUCUGGGGGACAGCUCUGUGCCCAGCAGGACGGGGAAGCUGCAGGAGUUCAUUGGGAAGCUGCAGGAGAUCAUAGACGGGAAGAACAAGGCUCACUUCAUCAUGGAUGACCCUGCAGGCAACAGCUACCUCCAGAACGUGUACGCCCCGGAGGAGGACCCGGAGCUGAGGGUGGAGCGCUACGAGCGCACGUUCGAGCAGAACGAGGACCUGGGGCUGAACGACAUGAAGACGGAGGGCUACGAGCCUGAGGGCGCCUCGGGCCGGUAGCAGGGGGCGCCAGACCCCUCCGGCCCCUUUCCCAGCCGCUCCAGGGACCAGGACUUGUUUGGGGCCAGGACUCUUCUCCCCUUCCUGGGAGUCAGGGGAGCUGCUCCAGGCUGAAGGCAGCGGGGCUGGGCCUCGGGGCCUCCCUGCGGGAGGUGUUAUGUUGAUGGGGGGGGGGCGAGGGGCUGGAAAUUGGAGCCGCGACCCCCAAAUAAAGGUGUUUGGAUAAAGAUACACGGACAAAA